AUGCAGAACCAGGCUCCCGCAGCGGGGAUGCAGCGCUUCACCUGGGAGGAGAUCGGGCAGCGGAACGGGCGGGGGCCGGCGCCGCAGGAGCGCUGGCUGGUGAUCCACAGGAAGGUGUACGACAUCAGCCACUUCUGCCGGAGACACCCGGGAGGGGCCCGGCUCCUCGUCAGCCACGCCGGGCAGGACGCCACGGAUGCCUUUGUGGCAUUCCACGUUGACAAGGCACUGGUGAGCAAGUACUUGAAGCCACUGCAGAUUGGGGAGCUGGCACCAGACCAACCCAGCAUUGAGACAACUAAAAAUGAAAUGCUGGUGAAAGACUUCCGGGAACUGCGCUCCACAGUCGAGAGAAUGGGACUCCUGGAGCCAAACCAACUCUUCUUCUUCCUGCUCCUGGCUCACAUCCUGCUCCUGGAUACAGCUGCCUGGCUCAUCCUCUUCUACUUUGGGACAUCCUUACUGCCCUUUGUUUUCUCCCUGCUGCUGCUGACCAUUUCCCAGGUCCAGGCUUCCUGGUUACAGCAUGAUUUAGGACACCUCUCAGUAUUCAGGAAAACCAAGUGGAACCACUUGCUACACAAGUUUGUGAUGUGCCAUUUGAUUGGGGCCUCUGCCAAAUGGUGGACCCUCCUGCACUCCCAGCACCAUGCCAAACCCAACUGCUUCCACAAGGACCCUGACAUUGACAUGCACCCUUUCCUCUUCACUUUGGGGAAGAAAUUCUCUGUGGAGCUUGGGAUCAAAAAGAAAAAAUACAUGCCCUACAACCACCAACACAAAUACUUCUUCAUCACUCUUCCUCCGCUCCUGUUCCCCACCUACUUCCACUGCCACACAUUCUACAUUGCCUACACAAAGAAGUACUGGGCCGACUUGGCCUGGAUGCUGACCUUCUACAUCAGAUUCUUUUAUACUUACGGAUCUUUAUUAGAAACAAAGAGUCUCCUGGCAUAUUAUUUUAUAUUCAGGAUGCUGGAGAGCAGCUGGUUUGUCUGGGUCUCACAGAUGAACCACAUCCCAAUGGAUAUCGACUAUGACAAGAAUUUGGACUGGAUGUCUACUCAGCUCCUGGCAACAUGCAACGUGGAGCAGUCGCUGUUCAAUGACUGGUUCACAGGGCACCUCAACUUCCAGAUUGAGCAUCACCUUUUCCCUACGAUGCCACGGCACAACUACUGGAAGGUGGCCCCUCUGGUGAAGUCCCUGUGUGCCAAGCAUGGCCUCGAGUACCAGUGCAAGCCUCUGCUCACAGCCUUCGCAGACAUCGUGCACUCCCUGAAGACCUCGGGAGAGCUCUGGCACGAUGCCUACCUGCACAAAUGAAGGACAAGGCUUGGUGCUACCAUUCACAGCCUGCCACGGCUGCAUUCCCAGCAAGCUGAGGGGCAGGAAACACAAGGGACUCUCUGGCAGAAGAAAGAGAUAAGAACACACAGCCCCAUCAUCAGUGGAUCAAUUCACUUCUGCAGCGCUGGGCUGGAGCCCCACACCCCACAGCAAUCUAACUCACAGUGUACAGUCACAGAGGGCCCAUCCAGUCCAUCCCCCUGCAGGGAACAGGGAUAUCUUCCACCAUCCCAGGCUGCUCAGAGCCCUGUCCAACCUGGCCUUGAACAAUUCCAGGGAAGUGGCACCCACUACCUCCCUUGGAACCUUGAGCUGGGACAUCAUCACCCUCAUAAAA